AUGGAUGCGAGCGUGGCUAAAGCGAAUGCGGCGCAACUGAGACGUCGUCGACUGCUUCAGCUGGAUACAGAGAUCCGCAACUCACUGCAACGGAAUCAUCUCUCGCUACUUGUGGCUCGCUUUCAAGCUGCCGAUGCUGACAAGUCCAACGGGCUGGACAUUGAUGAGUUUGUGGCUGCCUUUACGGACGUACUCGAUCUCUUCCAUCGCAUCGACGCCAAUCUGGACGGCGUCAUCUCGCUGGCAGAGUUUGUCGAGUUCUCGCUGUAUCAGACCCGUGGCCAGAUGUGGAACCCCAGCGCAGACAACGCUGAGGGGAAGAGGAGCAGGGCCAGCCCUCGUGCAGAAGCGCUCUCGUCGCUUCGUGCUCCGCAGUCUUCGGUUGUGCGUGGAACGGUGGCCCACAUUGCACCAACUCGCCGGACCGUCAAACGCAGGGUCCGUCGUCGCAAGCUCUCCGAUGAGGCCGAGCGGGCCAUUGCUGCCACACGCGCCUCGCGUGCCAAGCGACACCGUGCUAGGAAGCAGAAGCUCUUGACCACUGUGUCCAAGGUGUACGCCCCGGGCGCGGUGUCGUCGUCGGGCUCGGGCAGCGACAUUGAUGUCGUCGAUGCCGCCAACAAGCGCAUCGCCCGCCUCCUGUUUGGUCGAUCAGCCUUGGACCCGGGCUCAUGCUCAGACUCGAGAUCCGGGUCAGCCAGCGCCGAAUCGUACGUCUACUCGUACUCGUACUCGUCUGACGACGAUGGCGGCGGCGGCGGCGGCGGCAGUGAUGGUGGCAAUGAGAUGCGAGCAGGCCCACCUGAUCCGCUCGACGAUGAUGCCCUAGUCGAGCUCUUUGCUGACCUUGCCUCGGUCGAGUUUGAGUGCACCUCCAAGUCCGCACCAGGCACGACGCAGAGGUCAACACCGCACCGGGCGCCGAUAGUUGCCAUCGAGUACCUCACUGACUUUAACGAGGUCCUCACCAUCGGCCGCGACGGCAUCAUGGUGGUGUGGGCAUACCCGGACGCCGGGCGGUCGCGGCGGGUCUCUUGCGUUGUGCGGCACAAGGUCGGCCGCAUCCACUGGACGCCCGCCAUGGGCUCGGUGAAUGCCGGUGAUGAACUGGCCAAGCUGGCGCGCGAGCGAGCACGGGCAGUCCAUGGCUUUGACGCUCAUGCUCUCUCGUCCAAGCCGCGGGCGCAGGCUUGGAUCAACGAUGUGGUCAUGAUGCCUGAUCUCGGGCUGAUGGCGCUUGCCUCGGACGAUUUUCGCGUCUACUUUUACCGCAUCAUUGGCGUCCAUUCCGUCACUGACAUUGUUCUUGCUUACAAGAUCAACAUUGGCGGGUGGCGCGGCGGCGUCGAUGAUCCCAUGUCGGUCAUGGAGCAUGUGCCGCUCGCGCUUGCCUACUCGCGAGUCGACGACGACGCGCGGGUCCUUCUCAUCGCCGACUCGGGUGGCUGGCUCUCGGGCUACACAUUUUCUCGCCAUGAGUACAAAGCCUCGACCAAGGGUCUUGCCCACGUCCUCAACUCGCACAACAUUGUCGCCAAGCGGGUGUCGACUACCCGCACUCGGGUUGCCAUGCUCCCGGCAUACCUCAAGGGCCAUGAGAGUGCCUGCGCCGGGCCGAUGCCGUUUGACAACUGGGUGCGCAAGCUCGCCUACUUUCCGGAGCUCCGCGUCUUUGCUGCCUGUUACGAGGUCUCGCACCAUGCGCUGGUCGUCGGUACACUGGAGACCGGCGAGCGGACCGCGCUCGACGAGGGCCCGGCACUCCGGGUCUGGCGCUGCCCGCCCCACGGCAUCACUACCUUUGCUGCGUGCUCCACUAUUGACGCCCACUACAUUGCCACCGGCGGGCGUGGCGGCAUGAUUCGGCUGUGGAAGCCGACUGUCGUCGCCGAUCCGUACGCCGUCUUUGAUGCCCACACCGCCCCGAUUGUCUCGCUGCAAGUCGCUGACAUGCCGCACCGUCUCUUCUCCGCCGCCCGCAACGGCCAUGUCAAGCUUUGGGACAUUCGCGCUCGAGUCUGCCUUUUCACUGUCCACGAUCCGCUCCUUGCCGCACCGGCGCCGGCUCUCUCGGCCAUGCGGUACGAGCCGCGCCGCGAGAACCUCUUUCUCGCCUCGGCGCUACUCACCAGCUGGCGCAACACAACGCCACGAGCGGCGGUGUCGGGCGCGGCACGCGCCCGUGCGGCCGGCAUUGACCCCGCCUCACGCCGCAAGCUCCCGCCACCGCGCAUUCCACCGACGCACCCGGACGGGACACUGGCCGGUGUGGUCUACGAGCCGUUCUUUGGCCGCGCCGUGAGCGUGGCGGCGUCAGGCCUGGUCUCGGUGUGGGACCUCGCGUCCGGCCGCCUUGUCUCCCAGUUUCACGUCGGCGCUGCCGACCACUGGGCCGAGCCCGAGCCACACAUCUCGACGGUGGCGCUUGCUGGGCGACGGCUGUUGACGGCGACCCGAUCGGGCGUUGUCCACGUGUGGAACUACGUCAACGGCCAGUGGCUCAAGACGCUGCGCAAGCAUGACAACGUCGAGCUCACUGCCCUCGUCCACAUGCACAUCCCUCAGGCGGUGAUGGCCGGCAGCCGGCGUCCGUCGCGCAGAGCCGGCGGCUCUGGCAUUGUUGCAGACACCGCAUCCGGUGCCUCACCCGACGACAAGCUUUACAUUGUCGGGACGGGCUGGAAUCGGCGGAUCGAAGUGUGGAAGGAUGCCGCGAUCUCGGUGUGCAACUUGGUCUGGGCGGAGAUGCCGCCUUCGGCCGGUGCCGCAUCGGCGGAGGCCAAGCGCAAAGCCGACCAGGUUGCUGCGCUUGAGGCCUUUUUCGUGGCCGACCGCCACAUCAAGCUCCCCGCCCCGCCAGAUACAAGUCGCUCGCGGCCGUCUCCGCGGGCUGGUCGUCUCGUGACCACCAGCUUGGGCGGGCAAGCCGUGCCGCCGUCCGACAGCCAUUCUGACGACGUCCUUGCGCUCGACGUCUGCCUCCCCAACCUCAUCGCCACGGGUGCGUACGACGGGUACAUCAUGGUUUGGCACGUCCACUCCCACCAGCUCCUGGCGCGGAUCCGCGCUCCGGAACACGAUGCGGCGGCGGCGGCUGUGGAGAACUCGCCCGAUCCGACCGCCAUGUGCGAGCUGAUGGAGUCCAUGGCGCAGCACGCGCUCUCUUUUGUCCGCCCACCGAGCAAGUACUCGCGCGUCCUCGCAGGUGCCAUGCUUGCGUCUGGCGGCGCCGACGGAGUGCUAAGGAUUUGGCAGUUUGAUGCCUCGCGCCGGGCCGAGGUCGUCGCCGCAGAGCCGUCGCCGGUGCCUGGCCAGUGCAUCAAGACCAUCACCCGGGCCGGGCCGUCGGCAAGCCUCUUGCUCGUCGGCGACACCCUCGGCCGUGUUCGGGUGUACGGCCUGCGGGUCCGCCGCGCCGCAACAGGCCUGUUGCUGCACGACAGCUGCCAAGCGAGCACGGCCAGCAUCGAAGACCUCGUCUACGUCGCGUCUGAGGAGCAUCCCACUCACACAACCGCGGUACUCGUCGGCUCAAGCGACGGGCGGGUUGGCGUUUUCCAGCUCCGCAAGGCCGUCUUUGGUCCGCAGCGGAGCAAACCAAGCUACGUCCUCGAACGCAUCGGGGUGUUUGGUCAGACCACCAUGUGGGGCUGUGACAACUCGGCGGCUUUGACAACGGCCUCGCUCUUCUCGUCGUCUACGCUGCAGCACCACGGGCGGACGCUGCGGUACCGCGACCACGCCGAGAUGGAUGUGGAGCGACUGGCAAAGAUGCCCAACGUCAUCCUGCGCGCCCAGCGCGAGUACGAGGCCUCGCUCCGUCUGGCGCACGGCCUCGACGCCGAAGCUCCUUUGCCGGACCACUUGCUUGCCCGAGGCUCGGUUGUUGCGCGUGCCUACGCGCGGCGUGAAGGCGACGGCAAGUCGGCGCUGGCCAUGAGCGCCCUCGGCGCUGGAGUCGUUGCCGCCGCGCCGGACACCAACCACCUGCUGGCGGCGACGCACACGUCCAAGUGGAAAAGGCGAAAGCGCGGAACCGCCAUCGCGCCCGAAGAGCAGCUCUUUCAGCUCAUGCCUGUCGACGGCGACUUUGAUGGUAGCAGCUCGUCCAGCGGCGAGAGCGAGGCCGUCGCUCCUGACCAUGGCUGCCGCGUCGCUGGCCAUGACGGCGCUCGUGGGAGCGGACACAGCGACGAGAACACGCUCGGGUUUACCUGGAUCGAGGAGGGCAAGUCCGACAAGGCGAUCCGGGCCGAAAAGGCCGCCAUGUACCGGGUGCUUGACGACGCCGAGAUCCGCAGCAGCACACGAGUCCUCAAGUGCACGCUCAAGUUUGGCGAGUUGCCGCGGGCGUCGUCGUCGAGCAACGUCGACUCGCCGCUGUUUGUGGAGACCGAUGCGCGGGCGCUCAGCGACCCGGCGGCGGGCGAUGGUGGCGGCGCGGGCGGCCGCGGCGGCGAUUGA